GAACCUGAAGAGAAGAAUGGAGAAGAUCCUCCGAAGAAGACAAAAGAACCAAAGAAGAAGACAACGAAGGUUGAAGAAGAGAAGGAGGCCGAAGAGGUGUCAAUGAAGGAGGAGGAUGACAAGGAAGAGGAUGAGGAGGAGGAUGAAGACGAAGUGAGCAAAAUGCGGAAGGAAAAGCGCAAACAGUACUGGGAACGCUUUAAGAGCAAGAAGAAUCAGGCUGCAAAGGUUGUUGGAGCUGUGGCCCUCCAGACGAAGGAGGAUGUGAAGAAGCGAAAGAAAGAAGGUGAGGUCGGAGCGAAGGACAACAAUGAAAAGAAAGGGAAUGAGGAGAUGAAGAAGCGAAAGACGAAAGCGCCCCAGGAAUCUAAAGAGGAGGUUGAGAAGAAGGAAGGGGAAACUGCGAUUAUGUUGCAAAGCAGUGAUGAGGAAGCAGCAGCCACCAUGGAUGACCGUGGGAGACCUCUGAUCCCAAAUGAAGCUGAGGCAAGUGAGGAACAAAAGAAAAAGACUGAGGUGAUCAUGGCAUCCCUGGGCAACAUCCACAAAACCCUCAGCUGGACCACAAACGAUGACAUAGUGGCAGCGCAAAGAAAGAUGAAAAAGGUGAAGCUAGCAGAGGAGGAAGAAGGUGAGGGCUCAGGCGAUGACGAUGACAAGAUGCUUCGUGAAGCCGAAGAGGAAUCAGAGGAGAAAAAGAAAAGCAAAGGGCGAGGACGAGGAAGGGGCAGAGGAAGAGGAAAG